GGUGUCUAUAUCUCCUUUAUAAUAGACUGCACAGAACGCUAUACAGCAGUCAGACGGAGACCAGCGGCGCCUCAUCGCCCGGCCGACCACAUUAUGGAGGCCAUCAAGAAGAAAAUGCAGAUGCUGAAGCUGGACAAGGAGAAUGCCCUGGACCGGGCUGACCAGGCGGAGACCGAACAGAAGCAGGUGGAAGACAAAAGCAAGCAGAUGGAGGACGAACUGCUGUCCAUGCAGAAGAAACUGAAGGGGACAGAGGACGAGCUGGACAAGUACUCAGAGGCCCUGAAGGAUGCCCAGGAGAAGCUGGAGACGGCAGAGAAGAAGGCGGCUGAUGUAGGUACCUGA